AUGACGACGAGGACGCGCCCUUGCGCCGCCGUGACCUCGUUCCUGCUGCUACUACUACUCUCCUCCGCCGCGGUGUCCCUGGCCAAGAGCGCCGGCAGCAGGGACAGCAAGCAGGGCCAGCAGGCGGGCGCGAGCGUGUACGUGGUGAUGGUGAAGGCCCCUGCCCAGGGCGUCAACUACAAGGCAUACCAGAUGCGCAUCCUCGCCACCGCGCUCGGCAGCGAGGAGAAAGCCAAGCAGGCGCUGAUCUACAGCUACAAGGCCGCCGCCAGCGGGUUCGCCGCCAAGCUCACGCCGGCGCAGGUCGCCGCGUUGAAGAAGCAUCCUGACGUUCUGCAGGCGCUGCCUGAUGUGAAGUACACCCUUCAGGACAACAACCACCUCAACUGA